GUUUUUGCUGUUAAUGGAAUAGGUUGUGCUUCCGCGCGAGUUAAUUUAAGUGUAAAACGUAAAUAAAGCGAAAACUAAAGGCGGCGCGAAUAACGUUGCACAAAAAACAAAUAGUUUCACCGUUAUUGGUGUGAAAUAGAAAAUAACAAGUGUUUUGUUUGUUAAUUCAGUAAAAAUAAAACUCUAAACAUGAAGCUGUUGGCAGCAACAGUUGCGCUCUUGUUGGCAAUAAUCCAAAUCCAAACAGCUGUGUCUGAUGAGCAGCAGGAGACCACAGAGAGCGCAGCUGAGGCGAUCUCCGAGCCGCCAAUUAAACUCGUCCAUGUGCUGAAUCCAGGCGAGCGCGAAUUCCUCUCACCCAAUCUAAUUGGCGUGCAGAACAUUGCGAUGACCUUUCUCCCACUCUCGUUUAACUUUGUCAAUAUUAUUGAUGCCUUCCGUGAGAUUGUCAACGGUGUGCGCUAUGAGAUUCACCUGAACGCUGUGGAUACAAAGGCCAAGGAUGCGGACACCAUUUGCCGUCUGGUCAUACUCGAGAAGCCCUGGCUGACCACCCAAUGGGGCGACAGAUAUCGCGAGCUGGUCAACUCCAACUGCAGCGAUGCCGCCGACAAUGCACUCACCCCCGCCGAUGCCGAAGAGCGCGGCAAGGCGCUCAACGAGAAAUAUCUGAGCCGCAGCAGACGCAGCUCCAAUGCGGUACCCGUGGGCGGCGCCAAGCGCUUCGACGCGCAGCAGGCGAAGAUUCAACUGCAGCGUACGCUAGACAAACUCACCGAGGGCGAGGUCGGACCCCACUACAGAAUUGCCGAAGUCUACUCGGCAUCGCGUCAGGUUGUCUCCGGCACACUGACGCGCAUCGACGCGGAUCUGAUUGAUAGCAAGGAGAAGCAGCAUCGUUGCAUUGUGGAAAUAUGGGCGCAGCCGUGGCUGGAGCAUGGCCACGAUAUAACCUUCAAGUGCCGCAAUCAGCCGACGGUGCAUGCGCGGCACAGUCGCUCCGUGGAGUGGGCGGAGAAGAAGGCACACAAGAAGCAUUCGCAUCACACGCUCAGCAAGGUGGAGCACUUGUUCCACAAGUUCCAGCUGAAGCACAAGCGUCACUAUGCCAACAGCAUGGAGCAUCAGAUGCGCCUGCGCAUUUUCCGCCAGAGUCUGCGCACCAUUGAGGAGCUGAAUGCCAAUGAGAUGGGCAGUGCCAAGUACGGCAUUACCGAGUUUGCCGACAUGACCAGCACGGAGUACAAGGAGCACGCUGGACUCUGGCAGCGCUCGGAGCAGCAGCCCACUGGUGGUGAGCCGGCCGUAGUGCCUGCCUAUGCGGGUGCCAUGCCCAAGGAGUUUGACUGGCGUCAGAAGAAUGCGGUGACACAUGUGAAGAACCAAGGAUCCUGCGGCUCCUGUUGGGCAUUCAGCGUUACAGGCAACAUUGAAGGUCUCUACGCGGUGAAGACGGGUGAGCUGCAGGAAUUCUCCGAGCAGGAGCUGCUCGAUUGCGACUCCACCGACAGCGCUUGCAAUGGUGGACUCAUGGACAAUGCCUACAAAGCCAUCAAGGAUAUUGGCGGUCUGGAGUACGAGGCGGAGUAUCCGUAUAAGGGCAAGAAGCAGCAGUGCACCUUCAACAAGACGCUCUCGCAUGUGCAGGUGGCGAGCUUUGUGGAUCUGCCCAAGGGCAAUGAGACUGCCAUGCAGGAGUGGCUGCUGACCAAUGGACCAAUCUCUAUAGGUAUCAAUGCCAAUGCUAUGCAGUUCUAUCGUGGCGGCGUCUCGCAUCCUUGGUCACCGCUCUGCAACAAGAAGAAUCUGGAUCAUGGCGUGCUAAUCGUUGGCUAUGGCGUAUCCGACUACCCCAACUUCCACAAGACACUGCCCUACUGGAUUGUGAAGAACUCGUGGGGACCACGCUGGGGCGAACAGGGCUACUAUCGCGUCUAUCGCGGCGACAACACCUGCGGCGUCAGUGAGAUGGCCACCUCAGCUGUGCUGGCCUAAGCAAGCUUUAGUCUAGCCAUAUACACAUGCAUACAUACAUAUAUACAACUAUAUACAGCGUAGUCUAUGUUUAUGUUUGAGCUAAAACGCACAUUAACUCGCUAAGGCUUGCAGCUGCUCUUCGUUCUCCUCUUUGUGUUUCUUUCUUUCUUCGCUAAGGCAACGAUUAACGAUUAACUCAACAUUUCGAUUUGUUUUCCCCCCUGUCUACAAUAUAAUCAAUCAUAUACAAAUAAAACCAUACAUACACACAUAUAUAUAUAU